AUGAGCAUUGCAUUAUAUAAUGGUUUACUUUUUACAUCAAAGAAUUUUGAUCCGGAGAUUUACGUACUUGAUCGUCAAACAAAUAAUCAAAUAACAAACAUCAGUGAUUUGAGUUUGGCUGAAACUCGUAAAUAUAUGUUUAUCAAUAAUGGUGAAAUAAUGAUUGCAACUGGUCCAAGUUUCAUGGCAUUAACUAUGUUUCGAGUUAAUUCAGCGUCAAAUUAUACAGUUGAGCAAUUUCUUGCAUAUCCAUUCCCUAUAGUACACGGACUCGCUAAAGUCAAUGAUACAUUGUUUUAUGCGUCCAUAUGGACUAAUCGACGAAUUGUUGCUUAUUGA